AACAGUAACUAGCAUAUGGCUGACACAACAUGCCCAAGAUAUGGAUUCAAGUUCAUUCUCAGCGUUCUUUGCCAAGAAGAUCUCGAAGGAAUAAGAGAAGUACAGGAGAAGGAGAAGGAGGAGUCCAUUGAACAGAGAUCGACAACCGAGCAUGGAACAAGAAAAACUUUUUUCUAUUUAAUGGAACAAUCUACAAUGGCGGUCGCUGAAACGUUUGCCGAGGCUGCUCGCAAGGCCUCCAACGGGAACUGGAGAAAACCUCGAGCCAAGAUUUACGACUACAAUCAGGAGUUUGGAGGCAAUUAUUAUCAGCCCAUGAUUCAAUACGUCGUGGAGAGGGAAAAUUAUGGACCAUAUCACGAACGUCGUCCAGUACAAAUGCCCGAGAGAGCCGAGAUCAACUCCAAUAAAUAUACUCAGAUGCGCCAUGAGGACUAUCGCAACACGGACUUGGAAUUGGAACAUUUCCUAACUCGGGCCUACAAAAGCCAGAUUAAGGAUAUCAACUCAUCAACAGCAAUGGCUCGAGUAAGAAUGAUCCACGCGGCCGCCUCCAAACGUCGUCAACCUCACGCUCCCCUUGACAAUGUCGAUACUCCAUUUGAUAGCAUGACCCUCUUGCGAGGUGCUCCACCCGGCAGGGAGCGCGUGAACCACUAUGCCACUGAAUUGGGCAUCAUUAAGAAACAUCAAGAGGACUACAACAACAAAAUGAGGAAACAUCUCUCGGACGUGAACACAUUUGGAGACUAUGACUACCACUACAAGUUCUACAACGGCGCCACCGACAAAAACUACCAAUUCUACCGCCCUGACAUAAUCUCUGAUACCCUUGCCAAGAUCUAAUUCCUUUACAACUACUCAUUUCAUCACUUCUUUCCAAUUAUGAAUUUUAUUGUCGCAUAGAUACUAUGCCAAAAGGCCCCAAAUUAGAUCAUGUUCUUCAUUUUCUCAUCAUGAGGCUGCUGUGGAUUUAUCAAUAAACCUUUGCUCAUUCUUUUCA